ACUGUCAGAAUCGUAUAUAAAUGAAGAAGAUGCGAACGUCCCCCUUUUAUAACCUCAAAAAUGCGCGAGAAGAUACGAUGUCCGACACAAAAUUGAGCUAAUUUUAAUUGAAAAUAAGUGUUGAAAGGAUCAAUUUGCUAUUAUGCCGUCAAAGAAGCGUAAAUACAAUGCCAGGUUCCCAGCUGGGCGAAUCAAGAAGAUAAUGCAGACUGACGAGGAAGUGGGGAAAGUGGCGCAAGCCGUGCCUAUCAUAAUUUCUCGCACCCUGGAGCUCUUCGUCCAGUCCCUCCUGGGCAAGGCGAUGCAAGUGACCCUGUCCAGAAACGCCAAGACCCUCAGUCCGGCCCACGUGAAACAGUGCAUACUGGCAGAGCAGCGGUUCGACUUUCUUCAUGAUUUGGUAAAGAACAUCCCAGAUGUGUCGGCGGCGGAGGAGAAAGAGAUGAUGAGCGCAGAAAGCUCACCAAAUUCCUCGAGGUUUUCUGACGCCUCAGUGGCGCCUCGCCGCAUCGCUCGAGAAGACUCAAACAGCUCAAGCAGUUCAGACGUCAAACUACAAACCAUACUCAACUCCAGAGACAAACUGGGGUCAGACAUCGAACCCGGGACAUCCACCUCCACCAUCAUCUCCUUAGAAGCCGCCAUGGAUCUAACGAAAAAAGAUCUAGAAACCUUACCAGUGAGAACGGCAAAUUUCUACCAAGAGACUUUAGUGGAUGAGCCGAGAAGCGUUAUAACGUUAAAUCCAACGUAUUCAACCACCCAACCGUCUACUUCAAGUUACACGAUUUUGAACCCGGUUGAGUUGGAGCAGAGGGUCACAAUUCCAGUGCCAAAGACGCCAGAUGUGAAAAUUCAUAAUUUAACGUUAAUGUCUUUGAAUAAUAAUGUUUCGGCGCCUAAUACGCCUGUUAAUCCUAUAGCGCCGAUAUUGAAUAUAGAUUUUAGUAAAAAUCUUGCUGUACCUGAGAUUAAAGUGUUAGAUUCGAAUGUCGCUAAUAUAGUGGGAGUUAAGGAGGCCAGUAAAAAACCUCUGUCAAGGCAAAAUUCUAAGGCGAAAAUUGACGCGAAAAAAGUCGAAAAACCAUCAACUUCGUCAGUUAAUUUAGAUUUCGUAGGUCCCGGCAAUUUACAAAUUGACGAGGACUAUGAUACGUGAAUUUUUGUUUUUAAUUUAAGUUUGUUUUGUGUUACUAAGUUAUGUUUUUUUGAGCCGCCAUUUUGAGGUUAUUUGUUGAUUUUUUGCAGAAGUUUUGUGUUUUUUUUGGUAAGUAACUAAGUAUACGUAUCGGAAAGGUGCACAAAAUGCUGAAAUCUUGAAAUGGCGAAUUUAAUUGAGGCUUAGCUCACGAUAUGUUACCUAGAUCUUGUCAUUGUAGAAAGAAAUCGUGCAAAACUUAUACGGUUAGGCGUAUACAUUAUAGUUUUAUGUUCAUGAUUUUCCAUAUUUAUUGCGUACAUUUAGUUUUUUAAAACAGUUUUGCAACUUUUUCGUGAACUAGAAUAGAAUGGAGUCUCGACGAUAAGUAGAUUAAAACAAUGUAUUUAAAAACAAUAAAAAAUAUUGUAGUUGAUGGUAUAUAAAGUCUGUUUUUUAAUCUCAGAUAAGAACUCAAUUGACAGAUUCUGAACGGUUCAUCAACAGAAAAGUUGAUGAACCGUUAAGAAUUUGUCAAUUUAGUAUCUGAGAUAAGAAAAACAGACUAUAACUGCCUUUGAGAGCGCUUUAAAGGUCUUUCGAAUAGUUGUUAUAGAGCUCGUAUUAGUUUAUUUUUUAUUAAG